CAUUACCAAAUUAUUUUAUUCUCCUGAGGAAGAGGCAGGAGCAAAUUGCUUAGAAGAGUGGGAGAAAGCAGAACUCAUUGCAAGUCCACUUGUUGAAACACUUAAGCUUUUUUUUUUUCCCUUCUUCUUUACUUUAAUGCCACUUAAAACCGGUAUUCCUGACCAGUAUUAACACUGAGUACUUGUGACUGCUGGAAGAAAACUUCAGCUUCCUAACUGAGGAUCAGCACUUGAGGACGUAUCUGGGGUGACACCCUAGCCAGCGCCAGGGUGAUGUGUCGGGUGCAGUGUUACAUCAGCAGCAGGCUUUCUGACAGGCUCUGCCUGCACAUGGCACACAGGCUGCAUGUGAUGCGGGUGGAGGGAUCCAGCGGUUCUCCUCGGGGCAGCUCUGCUGGAUACCACUUGGCUUUUCUUCUGACACCUUGUCCCCAGGACAGCCAAGGCAGAAAAGUACCAGCUGUACCAGUCUUAGGGCAGCAUCUGCUGGUUAUUGCAUGGAUCAACAUAGAUGGUUGUCAUGGAAGAGGCUGCUUGCUUUGGCUCCCAGGCAGAGGUACCUGGGACUCGGGGGGCGGGAGAAACAGGCGCUUUGGAGAGAAAUGACCCGUAAAUGUAAUUCCAACAGCCAGUCAGGAGAGAACGGGAGCGGACAAGGAGCUUCUCGGUCUUGCUUGUUUUUUUUUUUUUUUUUUUUUUUUCUUAUGAGAGGCAGCACCCACAAACUUUGGCAAUUCCAGGUUCGGUUGACUGCAAUUCGCCUUCAAAGGCAAACAAACCCGCCCCACCACCUCCCACACCCCUUCCUGCACCUGCUCCCCGCGGGGCUCUCCGGGCCGGGGAGGCGGGGCAGCCACUGAGAAUAAACCCCAAAUACGAAGACAAAAUGGGGACGAGGACUUUGUGAGCCUUGGCAGGAGUGAUACUGGGGCUCGGCCGCCUGUCUCGGGGAAAGAGACUGCAGUUGCGCCCAGGUGUGCGGGUGUUCUCACAACGUAAGCAGACAGGAAUUGACUUAGCGAUAGAAAUCACGGGCGGAGUCGGGGCGCUGCUGGGGCCCCGAGGGGAGAAGGGGAAAAGGGGAGAAUGGGGAAGGAAGCAAAGGCAGAUCCCGGGGAUGCGCUCCGCUCCUCCCCUCUGCCUUGCCGGCGGCAGGGGCUCAGCGCGGGGUCGGGGGAGCAGCUCAACCCCGGGAUGCGGCUCCCGGGGAGGGUGGAGGGGAAGGAAAAGUGUGCGGGGAAGUUUCAGCUCGGGAAAGGCAGGGAUUUCGGAAAGGAACUCGUCCUGGCAACUGUGCCAUGCUCCUCUUGUGGCAGGACCUAGUAUGCAACAAGUCCUCGGAGCACUUCCCGUGAGAGCGCAGUGAACGUGGCAUUAAAACAAACAAACAAACAAACAAACAAACAAAGCCCCCAAACGCUUACUUACCUGUCCCGAACGUAAAUCUCCAGAGCCGGCUGGUCUUGCCCGGCCCCAGGUGCGAGCCGGGAGGUGGAAGGAGGGCGGUGGGAGUCAGGGCUCACCGCACAGUGCGCCCGCCCGGCCAGGACUUUCCUCGGGAACUUUGUGUCCCGCUCCGGUUUCCUGGGAGGCGGCUGCGAUCACGUUUUAUACUGUAUUGGUUGGUAACCCCUCUCAUUCAUUAAGAUCACGUAAGAACUCGGAGGGAAACGUGACUCUGAGCUAAGGCGUUUGCGUAAAUCUAUAGGUUUUUAAAACUCCCUGCCAGUUGCUUUCUGUCUUCUGUAGGCACCAAGGUGGUGGAGAGUUUAAGCUUGCGGAUAUUGCAAAGGGUUAUUAGAUUCAUAAGUCACACCAAGUGGUGGGCGAUCCACUGAGCAAAGCAGAAGUUCUCACAUGAUGACUUCAAACAAGACACAUUACCUUCCAGCAUCUGUUGGAGAGACUGGAUUUUAAACCACUUCUGUCUCCAGGACAGCAAAGAAACAAUGUUCCACCAAGUGAGAAGAGUGAUGACCAUCCUUUUCUUUACUAUGGUUAUCUCAUACUUCACUUGCAUGAAAGCUGCCCCAAUGAAAGAAGCUAGUCUAAGAGGACAAGGCAGCUUGUCUUACCCAGGUCUUCGGACCCACGGGACCCUUGAGAGCAUAAAUGGGCCCAGUGCUGGUUCAAGAGGACUGACAUCGUUGGCAGAUACUUUUGAACAUGUCAUAGAGGAGCUUCUAGACGAGGACCAGGACAUCCAGCCCAGUGAGGGAAACAAGGAUGCAGACUUGUACACAUCCCGAGUCAUGCUAAGCAGUCAAGUGCCUUUGGAACCCCCGCUGCUCUUUCUGCUCGAGGAGUACAAAAACUACUUGGAUGCUGCAAACAUGUCCAUGAGGGUCCGGCGCCACUCCGAUCCAGCUCGCCGCGGGGAACUGAGCGUGUGCGACAGCACGAGUGAGUGGGUGACGGCAGCAGAGAAAAAGACUGCAGUGGACAUGUCCGGGGCAACCGUCACAGUCCUGGAAAAAGUUCCAGUACCCAAAGGCCAGCUGAAGCAAUACUUCUAUGAGACCAAAUGCAACCCUAAGGGGUACACAAAGGAGGGCUGCAGGGGCAUAGACAAGAGGCACUGGAACUCUCAGUGCCGAACUACCCAGUCUUACGUGAGAGCUCUCACCAUGGAUAAUAAAAAGAGAGUUGGCUGGCGCUUUAUAAGGAUAGACACUUCUUGUGUAUGUACAUUAACCAUUAAAAGGGGAAGAUAGUGGAUUCGUGUUGUAUAGAUUAUAUUGAGACGAAAUUAUCUAUUUGUAUAUAUACAUAACAGGGUAAAUUAUUCGGUAAAAAAAUAAUUUUAUGGACUGCAUGUAUGACUGAAGUUUAUACAGUACAGUGGUUACACAAUCUAUUUAUUGAACAUAUCCAUGACCUGAAGGGGAACAAUAGUCAUUUGCGCACAAGUUUAAACAAACAAACAAAAAAAAACAAAAAAAAAAAAAAGGAAAAUCAAGCAAACAAAAAAGUCUGCAUUACAUUCCUCCAUAACAUUGUGGUUUGUCGCCGUUGCCAAGAAUUGAAAAUAUAAAAAAAAUUUUUAAAAAAAAAAAGAAUAAAAUUGCAUGCUGCUUCAAUUGUGAAUUAAUGAUAAACUGUCCUCUUUCAGAAAAAUAAAUUGAACCAAAACAUUCUGUUUACAUUUUAGACAGUAAGUAUCUUUAGUCUGUUAGUAUAUAUGUUUACUGCUUCUAACUUCUGAUAGCGUUGAAAUUAAAACAAUGUCAAGGUGCUGUUGUCAUAGUUUUACUGUUUCUCUUUUACUUUUGAACUCCCAUCAGAUUGAAAAAGAAAAAAAAUCAUUACCUUAUUCUGGAUUAGAAAAAAAAAAUUGGUUUUUGUAUGUUGUGAAGGUGUUUGCGAUAGCAGUCCGACUACUGACAAAAAAUAAUAAAAAGAGGCAACUGAAAAAGAAUGGUGAUGUUCCACUUCACAUUGUUGAACUUCAGGCUUAAAGACAACACUUAUUUAACUGUAUGGCAACAUGCUUUUUUGGUUUUGGGGGGAGGGAGGGGUGGUUUGUUGUUGUUGGGGGUUUUUUGUUUUGCCUUUCUUUUUCAAUUUUCAGUAUUUUGAGACAUGCAUUUGCUUAUACCAUGUUAGCUUGUGUUUGAGAAAUUUUUUUCCCCCUUUUCUCCCUCUGGAGGGACAUUGGUUGUGACCUUUAAGUAUUUCACUUACCAUAGAACUGGAGCUUGUCAUAUAGAGAAUAUUCUAUAGUGUUCAGAGCAAUUAUUUUCAUAUAAUAAAAGACUGUGCUUGGAUGAAAUGUCUUGGUGAAGCACGGUGAGAGUGUCACUAGAAAAAGGGUCUAGAAAAGAUGACGGGGGAUCUGAAAUCAGGUUGGUUGUGGCACUUUAUAGCUCAGCCAGUUUGGGAACAAAUAACAGUGAUUUGGGUUGACUGGGGCUGCUCCAGUUGCAGUGAUUACUGAGUGUGGUCCUGUGCAUUGUGUUAGAGAGCAAGAGCUUGGCCAUGUACAUGGAUGCCCUUUCCCUCCAGAGCAUGCCAGCAGCCCCAGGCCUGCAAAGCUGGUGGGCAAACUCUGGGGGCACCUCUGCCUGAAGGAGCCCUGGGAACAGCUUGGGAAUGAGACAGAAAAGAGCGCUACUUCUAGCAGAAAACAACUCACAUUGUGUUUGUGUGGCUCUACCUCUGCUGUCAGACUUAUUUUAUGAAACAGAUAUUGGCACUAAAAAACCACUCCUGAAGUAAAUGAAGAGCAAGUGCUGGAGGAGUUGGCUUAACUUGCUUAGUUUCUGAGAGAUGUGUUUAGCUCUGUGUUCCCUCCUCUCCUGACAGAAUAUUGCUAAAAAGGAGGGUUGUAAGGCUGGGAGCUGUGCAUAGCACUUGCACCGGCUACAGUGGGCUGAGAACAGAAAUAGCU